CUCCUCUUUUUCUCCUCAUUGCUAACUUCAGGGAUGUUAGAACCAGAGGACAGAAUUUGAGUUUAGACAUCCGGCGGGGAAAAUUAAUAACCCUCUGAUGCUCCGAAUGGCCAACCUUUGGCGUUGGAUGGCCAACCGAAGGAACUUUCUGCCUCCCUAUAAUUGCUAAGGUGAAAUCAAAGAUUUUUCUACCGGGUUGCAAGGGACACCCGGAUCAGAUUCCCUACAUUCUUGUAUGGAGGAGUUUAGUGGAAAAUCCACCCCCUUGGUUGGCCCCCUUCCUAUCCUCCGGAACGUGUAAGGUCCUUGCCAUGCGGCCUGCAGGUCCCCCAAAAUCAAGGACACCAGCUGCGCCCUUGUAUCCCAUAUUGCCCGAUAGUCAUGACCUACUAUCCCUAGACCCUCCACCCUAUCAUCCCCCUCCCCUCGCACCCCAGGCCCUGCCCGCAGCAGCCGCCCCACCAGUCGCCCCGCUAGUUGCCCCCCUAGGGGAACCGGGAGGACAGGAAGCGGCAGCUGCGCCAGACUGGGGAAGACGGGAAGUGGCAGCUGCGCCGGAACCAGGAGGACGGGAGGCAGCAGCCGCGCCGAGCCCCAUUGAAAAUGAAACCAACCGCGAGGGGCCAGCCGGCCGAACCCGCGGGCGCACCCAGCCCCACCUGGGACAACUGUCAGCAGCUCCUCCGCAUCCUGUUCACUACAGAGGAGCGAGAGAGGAUCCAAUUAGAAGCAAGAAAGCUGGUUCCUGGAGACGACGGUCGGCCGACAUCUAACCCUGACCUCAUUAAUGCGGCUUUCCCCCUAACCAGACCUCCACAGGACAAAUGGGACUACAACACAGCAGAAGGUAGGGGAAGGCUACCCGCCAGACUCUGAUGGCAGGUCUCCGGGCUGCAGCUCGCAAGCCCACCAAUUUGGCUAAGGUAUAUUCGGUCGUACAGGGAAAGGCAGAGAGUCCAGCUGCUUACUUAGAAAGAUUAAUGGAAGCCUUUAGGCAGUUUACCCCCAUGGAUCCAGAAGUCCCUGAGAACCAGGCUGCUGUCAUUAUGUCCUUUGUAAAUCAAGCAGCUCCUGACAUUAGAAAAAAAACUCCAAAGGCUAGAGGAUUUAGAAGGUAAACAGAUCCAGGAUCUGCUCCGUAUAAGCACAAUAGGUCUACAACAACAGGGACGCCCCAGAAGAGAGACAGAUCAAAGCCACAGAGAAAAUGACUAAAGUCCUGGCUGCUAUAGUCCAGAAAGAACUGCCACCCCCAGAAGGCAUUCAAACAAUACGCCUUCCCAGGCGGCACUUAGAUAAAGAUCAAUGCGCCUAUUGUAAAGAAAAAGGCCAUUGGAUACGAGAAUGCCCCAAGAAGAAACAACCCCGCCCCAGCCAAGGGCAAUGGCAGCCUAAAAUAGCCCCCAUACUGUUUACCCAAGAUACAGACUAGGGAGGAUGGGGUUCCGAUCCCCUCCCCGAACCUAGGGUAACAUUGCAAGUGGAGGGGACCCCAGUCCAGUUCCUAGUUGAUACCGGGGCACAGCACUCAGUUCUGGUCAAGCCCCAUGGAAAAGUAUCUGAAAAACCAUCCUGGG